AUGGCUUCUUUUAAAGUUAUUGCUUAUGGAAAAGAAGGUGAAGCUUUCAAGUGUCUAUUGAACGAAGAUAAAAGCGUCCCGGAAUUUACCCUGAAAGAUUCAGAUGUGAAUAGAUAUUUCGGUGCUAUAAGGGUAAUAUCAACAAGGCUAGGAUUUAGGCUUUUCACAGACUCUGAAUGGGAAAAUCUAGCCUUUUACCAUGACAAUCAGCUCAGAAAAUUGAUGAAACAAGUAAUCGCUCAUGGAUUUACUGUAGGAAAUGUCAUGUAUGUGCCAAUUCCAAAUGCAAAUAUGUUUGAUAAUGUCCCUGAAAAUUACAUUGAUUCUCCUUUGAUGUCUGAAAGGUUCCGUUUAGCCUCAAUUCACAACUACAUGAGCCCUGACUAUAUGUUCGAUGAAGCUAAUUUUGAAUCAUCCCAAAUCCAUGAAAAUCCAGAAUAUUUGCUACUGCAUAUGCAAGACUAUUUACCUUGGUCGGGACUAAAUGAAGCUUUAUAUGGAGGAUUUUUCAUCCAGGGCACAGAAAAAUGAAAUCAUUAUUAUAUCCCAAAAAAUGAUUUUCCUAGUCUCGAUAUACUAAGCUCAUUAAAGGGAAUUAUGCUGCAUUAGAUAAAUUAAUGUCAAUAUAUUUCGAAAUUAUUUUAAAUAAUAGAAAUUAGCCUUACAUAAUGUCAGUUUAUAUUUAACUUAGCGCAAUAUAUGAUUACAGGUGCAAAAUAUUCUGCUUUUGAUGAUACUUUGCCUUGGCUAGCGCCUUUAAUAGGGUUUUUUAGAAUUAUCAUUGACAAUUAUCCUAGUGUCAAAAUUGUGGGAAUAUGUCUUGGCCAUCAAAUCUUAGGAAGGGUCUUCGGAGGAGAGGCUGCAAGAAAUCCUGAUGGAGGCUUUGUUUACAAAACUGAAGAACUUACAGCAUUGGAAGAAUUUGAAGGCCUUCCAAGCAAACUUUAUUUGUCCCAGUGCCAUGGAGAUUGCGUUUCCGUAGUGCCUCCAAGUGGAAAUAUCAUUUAUACUUCGCCAAGUUGCACUGCUGAAAUUGUAAGAUACGGAAAUAGAGCAAUUAGUUCUCAAGGCCACCCAGAGUUUACCACUCAUUUCGUUGUGAAUUUUUACACACAGUAUAUGCUUUCCAAAGGAGGAAUAUCUGACGAGCAAGCAAAAACUGCUUUAGAACUCUGCUCGAGGAUAAAAACUGACUCAGAGAUCCUCAUUGAUGCAUUCAACAAAUUUUUAAGAAGAGAUAAUUAA